GAGGUAAAGUUGAAUUAGUCAUUUGCAUUUCUAACCCCAUAUUCGCAUAGAAAUAGAUUCAUAAACCCACUAUUACACAAUAUGAGUGAUUUAGGUUUUGAUCCUACAUUGAAAAAGAAGAAGAAGUCCAAGAAGCCGGCUGAAGAUUCGGCAUCUGCAUCACCUGCACCAUCUACUGAUGCUGGUGUUGAAGAUAUGUUUGCAGGAUUAAAGAAAAAGAAGAAGUCAAGUAGUAAAAAGCUUGCUGAUGAUUUAUUGGAUUCUGCAUCUAAAUCUCCUAGUGUUGAAGAUUUAUCUGAUUCUUUAGGAGAUUUAACUUUAAAGAAGAAAAAGAAGAAGUCAAAGACUACUGUAGAUACUACUGAUUUUGAAGCACAAUUAGAAGAAGCUGGUGUUGAAGAUAUUAGUACAAAUGGAGAAGAAGCUGAAGAAGAAAAAGAAAUUGUAUCCGGCUUAUCAUAUCAAACAUUAUUAUCUCGUUUUUUUGAUCUUUUAAAAGUAAAUAAUCCAGAAUUAGCUGGUGAUAGAUCAGGACCAAAAUUCAGAAUUCCUCCACCAUUAUGUCAAAGAGAUGGUUCAAAAAAGACUAUAUUUGCCAAUGUUCAAGAAAUUGCUACCGUAUUACAAAGAAAUCCCGAACAUUUAAUUCAAUUCUUAUUUGCUGAAUUGGGUACUUCUGGUUCUAUUGAUGGUGAAAAGAGAUUGGUUUUAAAGGGUAAAUUUCAACCUAAACAAAUGGAAUCAGUUUUAAGAAGAUAUAUUCUUGAAUAUGUUACUUGUAAAACUUGUAAAUCCAUGAAUACUGAAUUAAAGAGAGAAUCUGCUAAUAGAUUACAUUUCUUAAGUUGUAAAGCCUGUGGUUCUACAAGAUCUGUAUCUUCUAUUAAGACUGGUUUCCAAGCUCAAAUUGGAAGAAGAAGAAGAACAGAAUAAUUACGUUAAUAAUGCCCCAUCAUUUCAAACUUACAUAGUAUUAUUCAUAUUAUUAUUUAAAUCACUUUCUACC